CCAAUCCCACUUACCUGCGUGCAAUUGCAGCGUCUCGAAGUUCUUGGAGAUUUCCUCAGACAUGGUGGAUAAUCUUUUACAUGGAAGUGACUUUCACUUUCGAUUGAAUCUCCCAAACGAACAUGGAAGAUUGCACUUACGUUGAUGAUUACGGUAUAUGGAUAAGAUGUAGAAGAAGAGAACAGGAAGAAAGAAAUGAAUUAGUAGGAUGAGCAGUUUAUCACAUCUAUUCCUCCUACCGCUAAUGAAAAUACUACAACACCAUCACAGACGAUCAGUGGAAUUAUUCUUGAUGAUCAUCCUUCAACCGGUUGACGACAACAGAUCGCGUCACCCCAAACAAUUCAUGUGCUGUGCCCCGCGCAUGUGCCUACUAGGUAUGAUGGAAUGGCCAGGCGACUGGGAAAUGUCCCUGGCGCCCAUCCAAUGCGAGGCCACAGAACCAGAGGAUACCCCGCCUCGCGCAUUCAUUCCAGCUCUCGUCUCACCAGGGAACGCGAGCACGCAAUCGCCCUGGCGCGUCGUCCUAACAUGCCCAGGUGCCGUUAGAUCCACCCGUGGGGCGUUUCACACGAAUAGACACUCCCUCGACCGGAUUCGUACAUGUACGUAUCCUGGACAAAUGGCCAAAAAAGACUUGCAACACCCCACCACAAUGGUUCUCAAAGGCCGGUUUUUACAGAUAGAGCUUGGUUGAAGACCGGAUGAGGACUUGCCGGCAUUGCUCUCUCCCGUCGUUGGUGAUGCCAGGUGAUGAGCACGCGAUUUCGAAUGAGCAAGAAUAAUGGCAGACAAGUUUGCUUCACGAUCAAGUCCACAUUUUAAGAAG